GCUAGAAUAAUGGCAAUAACAUUAACCGUGUAAGGUGCGCAGAGUCGUUGUACGUAUUUGCUUACUGCAAGCACGUUUUUGUAUACGCAUUGUCCUCGUUGUUUAUCAUUAUAAUAUAUUAAACUAUUGUUUUAGAAUUAAUCAUGUCUGCUGCAGAGAAUUUCCGACGAGAUGCAGAGGAACUUUUCCGAUUGUCUCAGUUAACUCAGAUCGAAAAUGUGCAACGUAUACUCCACAAUGAAGCCGAGAAAUUAAAGCAGUUGGCAGAUUUGGAGGAAAAAUCAAGUCAAGGAGCAGAGUCGAGAUCUGCGCGACCUGUUACUUAUACAUGUAAAAUAAUUAAUUAUGCUUGGGAUCAGUCAGACAAAUUUCUUAAAAUAUAUGUUACCUUAAAUGGUGUACAUAAUUUUCCAAAAGAAAAUGUUACUGUAGAAUUUGGUCCCAAAUCAUUUGAACUUCAAGCUCUUGGGCUAGACAAGAAAAAUAAUGUGUUGACAAUUAAGAACCUGCUGCAUGAAAUCAUUCCUAGUAAAAGUUACUAUAAGGUAAAGACAGAUAUGGUUGUGUUGUAUUUAAAAAAAAAAUCUUCAGACAAUUGGACAUAUGUUACUGAAUCUGAGAAGAAAUCAAAAGAACAUAAAGCUCCAAAAUAUAAUAAAGAUGAAGAUCCUAGCCAGAGUUUAAUGAAUCUGAUGAAGCAGAUGUAUGAAGAUGGUGAUGAUGACAUGAAAAGGACCAUUGCUAAAGCUUGGACUGAAGCUAGAGAUAAAAAAUCCCCUGAUGAAAUAUUGUAACGAAUAAGGAAGGUGGAAUGUGUAUAUGAUGUUUAUAACUGAUUCAUACAGUAGUUAAAGCUAUUAAAAUAUUUGUCAAUGUUUGUGUUAAGUAAAUCAUGCUUAGUUAAAGCAUUUUUACAUCUGAUUCAUAUCUUGCUAAAUUUAAGGUGUACAUAUUGUUUUUGAUUUUUCAAUAUUUCUUUCAUCAACCAAUAUUUAUAUUUUCUCUGAAUAUUUAGCUUUAUAUGAAACAGGUCAAUUGCUUCAGAGAAACUAAAUACCUUCAGUUGUAAAUUCUCAUAUGCUAUUGUCAAAAUUUAAUAAAAAUUAGUAUUUUAACUGUACA